GAGCUAGCGGGACGUUCGGGUGUGAUGCGUGUGGGGCUUGCUUUCUUCACUAGACUUGUGCGUGACACGUGAAUCUUCGUGAGGUCUUGCAAGCGACUCCUCUGUGUCGGCCGGAGAUUGUUCAAGCAUUAGUCAGAAAGACAUUUAAAAAUCAUCGUUCUUCUGCCAAAACUUAGGUUUUGGAAUUUCCACGCACAUUCUUCAAUCACCGCGAAGAUGGUUCCUCCCAACACACCAGCAUCGCCCGUUGUCCAGAAUAUGUCUGGCCUCCCAGUCCCGCUGCAAGGCUCCCUUGCGCCACAAUCGCUCUCCUCAUCCGGCAAAUUGCCAGACUGUAAUCACACGUCUCCUUUGGAUUUGUUGCACAUAACAUCUGUUGCGAAAAAACUUCAACUCGUCGACAAACCCAGUAAUUCCAGCGAAUCUCCAUCCUCCAAACUAAGUACAAAUGAGCAAGAUCUGAAUUCAGACUCGUGUUCGGAGAUGAACAGGAAAAAUAACGAUAGAAGUGAUAUGAACAGCGAUCCAAUAAAUGCAUCCAAUCCCAAUAGAAGAGUGCGAGCAAACCACCGCAGGAAUCUCUCUCUGGAUUUCAGAGCGAUGGGCAUCGAGCUGCCCCCCUUAUCCGAGGUAGUGCCCCCCACCAACACCAGCGCCCCCCUGCAGCGACGUCUCCCCAACAUACCAGAGCACAACACCCCCUUGGAGAUCACCCCGCAGCCCGCCAUAACACCAAAGAUAAAGCACGUCGUCAGAAGAAUAUUUAACAGGACAAUCAACUAAACACAGUCACUUUGCUCUCUGUCUGAGCUAAAUUAUUAUUGUCUGUAUCAUAUGUAUGAUGUGCCUUACUUAACCGUGAGAAAGUCAUGAAAAAUGUUCGGGUAAACACCAUGAAAAUAUUCUGUUUAAAAUGUGCUAGAUAUUUACUGGGAUGGAUCAUCGAAACAGGCAUCGAAACAAAAUAUCGAUGAUUCCUCUUUAAAUAUUUUGUACGAAAUUACUGCCAAGAAUGACGUAGCAUAAGUGACAGCUUCCAGCUAAAAACUUUCACAAGAUGCAGCUUUGAUUUCUCGAGCUUUAAAUGAAGUUUUGGGAUUAAGAAAUAAAAUAAUGUAUUGUGCUUCGCUUCUUAUUUGCAUGUGAAAAGUUUCGAAGUAAUUCCCAAGCUUAUGAUAGAAGAUUCUAAAAUUUAACUUAAAAUUUGAAACAAGUCUACAUUCUAUGAGCGAUAAAUCAUGGUAUAGGCGCAUGGGGCAUUACAUUAGUUAGCUAGAGGAUAUGACUACUUAUGCUUGUUUGCAUUAAUUCUUUAACGAUCUGUGCUUUAUGUUAAUAUUAAUAUAAAUAUGUACUAUAUAGAAUUUUCGGGGGUCAUCUGUACUUUAUAGAAUUUUUUGGGGUCAUAUGUACUUUAUUGAAUAUUUGGGGUAAAUUUUGGGGGGUCAUCAGAAAAUCAAAAGCAUUUUUGCACUUCUUUCUUCUCAGACAAGCGUUAAAAUUAUUGUAAAUAUUUCACCUUACUUACUGAGAUCGCGGCUAGCGUACGAUUUGUAAAAAAAUUACAGAAAGAAAGAUACUUCAAUUCCAAUUUGAUUUAACGAUUUUUCUAAUCAAAUUUUAGAACGACAAUGUCCAUAAGGUUGCGUUUGAUCAUAAUUUAGUCAUUAUUUCUUCUACAUUCCCCCCCUUUGUCCACGAGUAUAUUUUUUACUUGACCACACACCCCUUUACCCUGCCAAAACAGUAGCAAUAAAGUAUAAAGUAGUACAUCCAAUUUAUGAUUAUGACAUUUUUUUGUAUUUUGGGGAAGAUCUCAGAAGUUGUUGCAAGAAAUUAAGUUUGUGUAGUUAUGUGCAACAUCGGUAGAUAGGCGUCGCACUGUACAUUAAAAGGGAAUAUGCAUUGUGCAUGGUUCUGAUUACUAUUGGGACGGGAAAUAUGUUUGCUCACUCCAGAAUAAAAGUUUUACAAAAAUGAAACCGAUAUUUGGAUCUGAUUAUUUUAAGUGCCGAGAAAAGUUUGAUCGUUUUACUCGGUGACGCGUUGUUUUGGAUAUGAUUUUGUAUGUAAUGGAAAUUUGGAGAAAGACAAAACUAUUCAUACGUUUUUUAUGACUAUGUUCGCCUUGUACAGUAUAUUUAGUUAACGGUCAAGAAAUGCACUUCGGUAAAAAGAUUUGUAAGGUUACAAAUGGAUGUGAGAGGCUAUUAUGGUAGUUUGGAGGAAAGGCAUCCAUUGACGCAUUUAGUAUUCCUAACAAAGGUAUUCGAUAUUUUAUCUUAUUGAGCCUAGUUACAUCUAUGCUAUGAUUGCGACAAACUUCCAUGUUUCUAUGAACUGUAUAGUUUAUUCAAGUUGACUGUAUUGACGGCAGAAUCUUGUCACGACUUUCAAUGCUUUGGUUUUAUUUUAUUAUUUUUUUGUACACUUUUUGGUUCUCAUUUCAUAAAUUUUUUCUUUUAAAGAAUGAAUAGCUUCAGUAAACUUCCGGUGUCAGUAAUUUUACUAAAUUAAUUUAAAGCUAUCAGGAAGAAUAUCACCGUAUAUUGACCAAAACUUUUCUCUUCAAAGAACUUUUCUCUUCUUUGUUCUUUUCUUCCGACUUAUGUAUGUAAAUAGCGUGACUGCUUCAAACGUUCCUCUUAUAUUGUUCUUCCAUAAUAUAAGGUAUUUUUGUACUUUUCUACAUUGCAUUUCAUGGUGUUCUUCAUAUUUGUAAAUAAACAUCUGCUUUCAA